AUGUCGUCAGCGAAUGCGAACGAAAUCACCAUCGCCGUCGAUCCAGACGUGCACCUCCGCCAAGACGAAUAUGACCCCCGCGACUGGAACUCCGAGACCACCUCAAUCGGGUCCUCUAUCUAUCGCGGAAUCAUGGAGAAUGGCCGCCGCUACCAAUCCCUAAAGGAAGACGAGUACGCCUUCCCCGCCGACGAGCAGCAGUUCGACACCUACGACGCCGUCCACCUCGCCGCGAUCGUUGGAGACUCCGCUGAAGAAAACCCGCUCUUCCACGCACCCAUCGAACCCAAGAACGUCCUCGAUAUUGGUACGGGAAAGGGAUCGUGGGCCGUUGAUGUCGCGGAUAUGUUUCCCGAGGCUUGGGUUCGUGGCGUGGAUCUCUUCCCGCCGCCCGUUACUUGGUUACCGCCUAACUGUAUUUUGGAGGUGGAUGAUGUGACGCAGGACUGGACGUGGAGUAAGAAGUUCGAUUUGAUUCAUCUUCGGGUUACGGCGUGCGCGUUUACGCCUGAGGAAACGGUGGAUAUCAUGAAGAAGUGUUAUGACAAUCUCCAGCCUGGUGGUUGGAUUGAACAGUUUGAAAUUCACCCCAAUGUUUAUUGUGAUGAUGCGAGUAUCGCGGAGGAUAGUGUUCUAUAUGAUAUUGGACCCAGGUGUGACGCUGCCGCCAACAAAUCCGGCAAGCGCAUGGAUCUUCAACCAAGUGGCCCAUCGGGCCCUGGCCUCGCGAAAAGUCUAAAGAAGGAGCUAGGCUCAAUCAACCUCCACCAUUGGCUGACCGGUAUCGAGGGAUACACCAUGUUCCUAAUGACCAAGUUUGGAGAUCCCGAGCCAUGGACUCAGGAGGAGGUGCGAGUGUACAAUGCUCAGAUGCGAAAGGGGCUGCUGAACCCACACCACCACCCAUACCAACGUACAAGGCGAGUUUGGGCCAGAAAGCCCUUCCCCGAGGAGGAGAAGGCGAGGGAGGAGAAGGAGAAGGAGGAGAAGGCGAAGGAGGAGAAGGCGAAGGAGGAGAAGGAUAAGGCGGAAGCGGCGGCCGCAGCUGCGGCGAAACAGAAAUCGCCUGAAAUCAAGAAAGAAGAAAAGGAGUGA